AUGUAUAUGCAAACAAAAAUGGCAGCAAAAGUAACAGGUAGUGUUGUAGGAAAAGGUGGUUGCGAAGAUAAUGCAUUUAAUGGUAAUGAAAUAUUAAUAGUGGAAGUGCAAGAUACAAGCCGUGCUGAUGCACCGUCUAUCUCCCUUGGUCAACAAAAAAUAACAUUGAAAAAAGGAGAAAAAUUUCCGAUUAAUUUUGAUAUUGAAUAUCAAGAAGAGGAAGCAAGUAAAGUACCUGAUUAUGGUUUAACAUUAAGUGCAAGAAUCGAAGAUAAUAAUGGUCAAUUAUUAUAUAUUAACGAUACAAGUACAAGUAUUAAAGACAAAAAGAUUGAAGUAGCAGCUUACAUUAAAUUUUAA